AAAAAAGUGGGAAAAACUACAAUUCCCAUAAGACCACACAAAGGGGCCACCAUUACGCAUGCGUAGGUCCCUCCCUUUAGCUUUGGCUUCUCAGCGCGCUCUUCUCGCGCAUGCGUUCUCCGAUCGGUCUUCUUCCGACAGCUUGCCCUAGACCAGAGUUGGUGGCUGGACCUCCUGCGACUUCCGAGUUGCGAUGCUGUACUUCUCUUUGCUCUGGGCGACUCGGCCUCUGCAGAGAUGUGGGCAGCUGGUCAGGACGGCCAUUCGGGCUCAGCACAGCAAGGCAGCCCAGACUCAGACUGGGGAAGCAAACAGGGGCUGGACAGGCCAGGAGAGCCUGUCGGACAGUGACCCUGAGAUGUGGGAGCUGCUGCGGAGGGAGAAGGACAGGCAGUGUCGAGGCCUGGAGCUCAUUGCCUCAGAGAUAUUACGGGGGAGCAGAGGUGGUGGAUGAAAUUGAGCUGCUGUGCCAGCGCCGGGCCUUGGAAGCCUUUGACCUGGACCCUGCACAGUGGGGAGUCAAUGUCCAGCCCUACUCCGGGUCCCCAGCCAACCUGGCUGCCUACACAGCCCUUCUGCAACCUCACGACCGGAUCAUGGGGCUGGACCUGCCUGAUGGGGGCCAUCUCACCCAUGGCUACAUGUCUGACGUCAAGCGGAUCUCAGCCACGUCCAUCUUCUUCGAGUCUAUGCCCUAUAAGCUCAACCCCAAAACUGGCCUCAUUGACUAUGACCAGCUGGCACUGACUGCUCGACUUUUCCGACCACGGCUCAUCAUAGCUGGCACCAGUGCCUAUGCUCGUCUCAUUGACUACGCCCGCAUGAGAGAGGUAUGUGAUGAGGUCAAAGCACACCUGCUGGCAGACAUGGCCCACAUCAGUGGCCUGGUGGCUGCCAAGGUGAUUCCCUCGCCUUUCAAGCAUGCGGACGUCGUCACCACAACUACUCACAAGACUCUUCGAGGGGCCAGAUCAGGACUCAUCUUCUACCGGAAGGGGGUGAAAGCUGUGGACCCCAAGACUGGCCGGGAGAUUCCUUACACAUUUGAGGACCGAAUCAACUUUGCCGUGUUCCCAUCCCUGCAGGGGGGGCCCCACAAUCAUGCCAUUGCUGCAGUAGCUGUGGCCCUAAAGCAGGCCUGCACCCCCAUGUUCCGAGAGUACUCCCUGCAGGUUCUGAAGAAUGCUCGGGCCAUGGCAGAUGCCCUGCUACAGCGAGGCUACUCACUGGUAUCGGGUGGUACUGACAACCACCUGGUGCUGGUGGACCUGCGGCCCAAGGGCCUGGAUGGAGCUCGUGCUGAGCGGGUGCUGGAGCUUGUAUCCAUCACUGCCAACAAAAACACCUGCCCUGGAGACCGAAGUGCCAUCACACCAGGGGGCCUGCGGCUUGGGGCCCCGGCCUUGACUUCCCGACAGUUCCGUGAGGAUGACUUCCGGAGAGUUGUGGACUUUAUAGAUGAAGGGGUCAGCAUUGGCUUAGAUGUGAAGAGCAAAACUGCCAAGCUCCAGGAUUUCAAAUCCUUCCUGCUCAAAGACUCGGAAACAAUUCAGCGUCUGGCCGACCUCAGGCAACGGGUGGAGCAGUUUGCCCGGGCCUUCCCCAUGCCUGGUUUUGAUGAGCGUUGAAGGCACCUGGGAAAUGAGGCCCACAGACUGGAAGUUACUAUCCUCCCCACACCUAGGCCAGUGGAAUAGAAAGCCUUUCUAUUUUCUGGUGUGGGACGGAAGACCUCUCACUUAGGGCAAGAGCCAGGUGUAGUCCCUGUCCCAGAAUUUGUAGCUGAGAAGAUUUUUUCUUUUUCCUUUUUUGGUAACAAGACUUAGGAGGACCCAGGUGCUUUCUGCUGGAACCCGUCAUGAUCACAGUGUCAGAGACUCGUGCUCUUUCUUGGGGGAAGUUGGGGAGUGCCCUUCUGAGCCAGUGGCAGGCAAGAGUGGGUGGGCAGUCUCCUUCCUGUUUUUAUCUAAUAAAAUGCUAAACUGCCCUGAGUUUCCAUUACUGUGGGUGGGGUCCCCUGGGCCAAACA